AUGAGUGGCAAUUUAAAUAUCAAAGAGUUUAAUUACGAUCAAAGUUACUCGGCUUUUGAGCGCCAAAGUAAUGAUUCACAACUAACAUCACACGGACUGGAAACUUUUCUGAAAGCGCUGCGGCAGAGAUCGAUUAUAUUUAAUGGAAAUCAACCGGUAAAAGUCUCAGAAAUUGCUUGUGGCCCUGCCGUUAGAACGGUUAAUUACUUCAAAAAUAUGGACUUUUCUCCAGGUUUUGAUAUCAGAGCAACGGAUUUUAAUGAGAAAUUUACUGGUAAAAAUGGAUUUGACUAUGAUUCUUCUACAUGCAGUGAAGAAAAAUUAGCAGCCGUUGUCGAUGAUAGUAGUAACGAGGAGGUAGGGUUAAUCGUAAAAACAUUUUUUGAUGCUAUAAAAAAUCGAGUCUUACCGCUAAAGUCAUUCUCAGUCAAAAGAGGAAACGCCUUCGAUGAUAACUUACUCGAACUUCUAGCCAAGAAUGGCUUAUCCAUUGAAACUGAAAGGAACACAUUUUCUUUGGUUAUUGCAAGCCAUUGCCUUUAUUACGUAUUAAAUGAGAAAGUACCUGAGGUUUCCUUUCAAAAAUUCUUCAACUCUUUAACUUCAGAUCUUUUAGCUAAAAAUGGAAUAGCUAUAUUAUGUCACAGUAUGUUAAAACCAAAGAGUCACAUAGCAUUGGAAACUAAGUAUGAUUUUCAUAAAAUCAAAAAUGUCUGCCCUACCCCAGAAGAAUAUCAAAAAUAUUCCAUAGAUGCUGUUAUCGAAAGACAUUGUCAAAUAAAUGAUCUUCCAUAUUAUAAAAUGGAAGUAAAUACCAGUGUUUGCUAUACCGAUGCCUUCUUUAAUCAGCAAGAUAUCUUUAAAGAUAUCCAUCGAUAUAAUGAGCUUGAUGAUGACGCUUUAGAUAAUCUUCUGCGUUUACUAUUUAUUGCUCGUCGAUCUGCCAUGGAUUUAUAUCAAGAUCAAUCAUGUUUUGGACUUAAUAGCUUAGUAGACGAGGUUGUAAGCAUUGCUAAAGAAGAUAGAUGCCUACGUGAUUACGAUCGAAUAUAUCUCGUACUAAGUCAGCAUGCUACUCAAGAAUUUAGGGACCAAAUCAAAUCUCUUGUCGAAGAUUUGAAUAGCACUGCACCAUAG